AAUAAAUGCUUAUUAUUACAGUUAAGCUGUUUUAAAGUCAACGUGAAACUUGUGAUAGUAGUAAUUUUGUUUAAUAUAUAAUCUGAAGAUUAUUACAAAGCAUAUGCAACAUGCAAUAUGGCAUUUGUAAAAAGCGGCAAAAAUGAAGAUGUCUUCAAAGGUUGUCUAGAAGAAAAAAUGAAGUCAAAAGUAUGUUUAAAUAAGGCUACCAUGGCAUACGAGGAAAGUGAUGAAAAAAAAGAAAUCAUUGAAAGUGGCCAAGUGGAAGAAGAGGAGUCAAAGUUAUGUUUAAAGAAAAUGGCUGAAAUUUCAUUAAGCAAUCAAGUUCUUGAUAUAGAAAAAAAGCUAAAUAGUGCAACAACUCUUAAUGGUCACGAACUUACUACUAUAACUGAACUAAACCGAAGUAGUUCACUGUAUUCUCAUUCUAUAGAACUUGUAAAUUUCAAAAGAGAUGUGUUUUUACUUGGCCCUCAGCCCAACAAUAAUUUUGGUCCAAGUGCACUUUUGGCUAGUGUGCAGUGUACAAAGGAUGUUAAUAGCUUUGGUGUGAUAGAUCCUUCACUGCAAUGUCUUGAAUGGAAGGCAAAACCUCAAAAUGUUCUCCUUGUUAAAAAGAUAUCUGAUAAUGAUGUAAGCAAUGAAUGCAAGAAAGUAAUUCAAUGGUUAAUUGAAGAAAAGGGUAUGACAGUUAUUGUUGAAGACCGUGUUUUGGUUGAGGAUAAUUUUUUAUUUGAUGAUGUAUUUUCAUCCAAGUAUUUAAAUAAAUUGCUGCCACUGAUAGGUAAAAAUGGGAAACGUGAAUCUGUUGAUUUAAUUGUUUGUAUGGGUGGAGAUGGUACCUUGUUGCAUGUGUCUUCUUUAUUUCAAGGUUGUUGUCCGCCAGUAAUAUCUUUUCAUUUGGGAUCUAUGGGUUUUUUGGCCCCAUUCGCUAUGGAUAAUUUUCGAGCUGCUUUAAACAAUGUUCUAGCAGCUGAUGUUGGUCUGCAGUUAAGAAGUCGUUUAAAGUGUCAGAUAAGAAAGCAAGUUUUGAAAGGAUCUCGGGGAAAUGUUGAAGGAAGCGAAAUUGAUUUUGAAUAUUUAGUGAUGAAUGAAGUAGUGAUUGAGCGUGGUUCAUCAUCUGUGACCAAUGUAGAAAUAUAUUGCAAUGGGCGUUUUAUAACUGUUUUGUUUGGUGACGGUCUUAUUAUUUCUACGCCAACUGGAAGCACUGCAUAUUCGGCUGCUGCAGGAGCUUCAAUGGUUCAUCCUAGCGUUCCUGGUAUUGUAUUGACUCCCAUUUGUCCUCACUCACUUUCUUUUCGUCCUAUUGUCCUUCCAGCUGGUGUAGAACUAAAGGUUCUUGUAUCAAAAGGCUGUAGUAAAAACGAACCACGUUGCUCAUUUGACGGUCGCUAUUCUUGUUUUCUAAGUAAAAUGUUGUUCCUUCGCGUUACGACCUCAGUCUAUCCGGUGCCUUGCAUCAGUCAUCAAGAUCAUUUAGUAGAUUGGUUUGAAAGUCUUGCGGCAUGUUUACAUUGGAAUAAAAGAGAAACCAAGCGAGCACAUACUUCGUAAGAUUUUAGUAAACGGUGUUGUUUUCGUGUACAUAGUUCCACGGUUUAUUGAAGAAAUUCGAUACUUGUUUAUAUUAUUUAUUUUUCUAGAAAACUUGUUUUAUAAUUAUUUUUAAUUUUUUACCUUUAAAAUACACGAAUAAAUAACUUUAAUUUUUUA